UACGAUCAGUGAUUUUCAUUUCGCCGAUUUUUACUUUACUCGUCACUCGUUAGCGCAUCUUCAUGACCUAGACCAGUUUAACUUUACCUUGCGAGUACUUGUUUUCAUUACUUGUUUUCGCUUUUAUAUGAUCAUGUUUCAGUAAUGGUUAAACAAUGAGUAAAGCCAGUUUUCGUGAAUUUUAUUCGAAAAUUAUAUCAUGCUUGAAUCUACCGAGAAUGUGUGUCGAGUACAGUUUUUAAUACGAUUGCGUUUUUCCAAUUUAUAAGCUUAAAUUUAUUUUUUAUUAUGCAAUCGCCGAAUUUCAUUUUACAAACUAUCGCAAGACUUUGUUCAUUUUGUUUUUUGAUUUGUAUGGUAAUUACUGUGAUAAAAUUUACGCAUUUUCCUGAUUUAGAUGCUCCAGAAAUAUCAUGUGAUAGGCCAUGUCAUGAAUUGGAAUGGCCGAGAAUUUGUAGAUUAAAAUUUAUUUUAGAAUCUCAUUCAAUCCCCUACAGAAAUUGUAGCUCACUCGCUGGUCAAUGUUCCUUCGAAGAAUUACAGUACAAAGCAGGAAAUAAAUUAUUAACAGUAAAUAGGCAAAUACCAGGCCCAAAAAUUCACGUUUGUGUUCACGAUAUAUUACUGGUAGACGUUGUCAAUCGACUACCAGAUACCAGUGUUUCAAUCCAUUGGAGAGGUCAAGUUCAUCGUAAUGAACCUAUGAUGGAUGGUGUGCCAAUGAUUAGUCAAUGUCCUAUACCAACAUACACAACGUUUCAGUACAGAUUUCGAGCCUCAGACCCGGGAACACAUUUUUGGCAUUUGCAUAAUAAAGAUACCGGAUCAGCUGCUUUGAACAACAUUUAUGGUUUAAUGGUAGUACGAGAAGCAAAAAAAGUUGAGCCGCAUAGUGCAGUCGUAGACUAUGAUCAAUCUGAUCACACAAUAAUUGUAAGAAGCGUGGAAAAUCAUUCUCAAUCUUCGAUAUUAAUCAAUGGACGAUACGCAAAGGCUAAAGUCGACAGCCCAGUUUCAUUUCAAGUACUGCAAAAUAAGAGGUAUCGUUUUCGAUUGGCUUAUGGUGGAGGAGACAUCAAAUGUCCUAUUUCUUGCACGAUCGAGGAUCAUAAGUUAUUAAUUAUUGCUUUGGACGGAAAUGCCAUUCAACCAGUUUCUACGUCAAAAAUUACGUUAGUCCCAGGAGAGCGGACAGAUUUUGUUUUACGGGCAAACCAGGCCAUUAAAACGUACAGCAUUCAAUUCAAUUUCAUCGAUGGUUGUCAUAUGAACAGUUCUUCGUACGCCUUAUUAAAUUACACCAAUAAUAAAGCAGAAAAAACACAGAAAAUCGAAAACGAUAAUAAAUUUCCAUACAAACCAGUUUUCUCAACGAUUUUCAACGAUCAAUGCGACAAAAAUUCCUUCUGCUUGGAAAAUAUUAAAGCCCACGAUAAAGUUUCCAACGACGUGAGCCGAAUCGAUACAGCUUUUUACUUAUUUUAUAAUUAUCGAAAUUUUCAAAUCGAUGGUGUGCAAGGUUCUUUCAAAGUAGCCAACGUUAAUAAUAUUACUUUUACAUAUCCACCGUCGCCUUUAAUAAGUCAAAUUGCCGAUGUUCCUAAAGAAAUUCUCUGUAAUGGAGAAAAACUUCCCAGCGACUGUGAUAAAGAAAAUGGUAAUACUUGCCAGUGCACUCACGUAAUCGAUAUCAACGUAGGAUCAGUAGUGGAAUUAAUUCUCGUACACCAAGAAAAAAACGCCAAACAUGGUCACAUAUUUCAUCUGCAUGGUCACAAAUUCUACAUCCUUGGUCGUCGAAAACUCGAUUCUUCGAUAACUGUCGAUGAAAUCAAAGAUCUCGAUGCUGCGGGGAAACUGAUCGAUAGAAAUGUAGAAAAUCCUCCAAAAAAGGACACUUUAAUAAUACCACCUGCAGGAAUGGCUGUAAUACGAUUCGUCGCUGAUAAUCCAGGAUACUGGUUACUUGAAGAGGAAAGUGGAUCGCACGGUAUGGAAGUAGUAUUUAAUGUGAUAGGAUCUCAACAUAAUGUACCGGAAUCAUUUCCACGUUGCGGAAAUUGGAUAGGCCCUAAAUAUUUUUUCGCCUAAUGCAGUGAUCCGUGUUUACCAUUAUUUAUACCUAGGUACUCGUAAAGUUUCAAUUGUGAUAAAAAAAAUUAAUUUUUCGUCUCUAAAAAAUUACAUGUAGACUCUCUAUCAAAUUGUACGUCGCACACACCAUACCAGUGUCGAGACUUGAGAGCUUUUAGUUGUUAAAGACGUAUUACUGUAGGUACAUAUUAUUUAUUUUUAGCAUAUUUUUUUUCUUCGUUUUAUGAAUUUGAGCACAAAAUGUUCCUUUUUCGUAUUAAUAGGCUAUGUAUGUGCGGAGAUUGAAAUACCUAUACCUACGUACUUAUGUACCUACAUUUAUUUAUGAUGAUACUUUGGUGGAUAAUUCAUUUUUCGAAAGCAUUGUUUUUACUCGAGUUCGACCACAUAAAUGAACUGAUAUUUCAAAAUCGGCAGAAUGGUCCCGAGUGGACGGAGUAUGCGAUUGGGUAAAGGCCGACUGUUGAUGAUUUGCAAGUACAGAAGGUGUAAACGAUUUAUACGGAGUGUUCAAGAAUAUUGAUCAUGAAAAUAUAAAAAAAUGGUAUGUGGUAGUUUCCUUUCAAUGAAACAAAAAAUUAAAUUUCACUAAGUACUUUUGAAAAACUCUUUAUUUCAACGCAUAGAAAAUGGUUCCCAACAUAUAAUUUUUGAAAAUGAUUAUUUUUAAUGAAGUUAUUGAUUCAUCAAUUUUGUACAGUUUUAUGUGUAUCUAUACAUAGUAUGUAAUUCAUUUUUUUUCGAAUUUGGAAUUUUUUCUCUUUUCUUGAUUAUAGGUAGGGAUGUUUAUCUUCUCACGUCCAAUAUUCUUGGACCCUGUGUACGCUUGGAAAAUAAAAUCGUUUGUAAUUGGUCGAUAGUGCGGUCGAAAAAUAUAAUGAUUUGCACACUUCUCAUUGUUUCAAGUUUGAAAUUUUUGAAGUGGUCUUUAUGAAUUCGGUCGUUUGUUUGGAUUCGAAAUCAUCUCCAUUGUUUGGGGUGCCAGUGACGACAUAUAAUUGAACCAUAAGUUUAUGUAUUUCAUACGCGUAUUAUUAUCAUCCAUUCAGAAAUUAUACCAAUCUGAUUGUUAUUUCUCUCAAUUUUUCGUUCUGUUAUUUUUUUUGAUUUAGUACAUUUUUGUUUGUUACCCAA